UGCAGCCCCACCCCUGCCUCUCUUCUGCCCGACUCCCUCAGGAUAUUUUUAGCGCUGAUGAUGUGCCCUGUCAAAUCACGUAACGGAAACAACCUCAGAGCUAAAGAAGCAGAGCCGCUGUAGAGAGCCCGCUCUGAUCCGUUUUUAUUGUGAUCUGCAGGGGAAGGCCGCGAAGGAGAUGACAUCUGAAAUAAAUUUGGCGUUUUGCGUGUUGGUGGUGCUUACCGGCUCUUUGCAGACAAGAGGUCAGAGCAGUGCUUUGCCUCCUGUCCUCACCCUGGCUGCCCUCCCGAAUCAUGCUGGAAGCUCAGCAUCUUCUGACUUGACAGAGGAUCCAGGCAAUGAGGUCUCACAGCAGACACAUAAUCCCGCAGGCGGGGAUGAAACCUCAACUCAAACCACCACCAUUACCAAGACAGAAGGGACAGUCCUUUCAGACACUGCGACAAAUGCAGUCUAUAAAACACACUUGUUGACCGCAAGCUCUGCAGUGGCUACAUCUGAACACAUGAAUGUACCUGUCGUCAUGACUUCACCUUCAGCCCCACUUUCAGCUGCCACAGAUAGCCUUUCUUCUGCGCCGACUGUACAGAGCACCACACCUCCGCAGCACAUUGCAACCACAGAUGGCAGAGCCAUUCUGACCACAGAUCCCUUCACAACCUUUUCAUCUCAGUCAACCCACACAGUGCAGGAUACAAACUCCACAGCCCACGCCUCCAUCAUCCAGCCACAGUCUGAAUCACUAACCACAGCCACCGCACAACCGACAACCACAGGACGCCCUUUGACCUCAGCGCCACGCCAGGGUCCUGCUGGGCCAACGCACCGGGAGGUCCCGUCUGAGCUUAAUAUUGGAGAUGAAGAACUCAAGGGGCCCCGCUACCGUUCAAGCUCCCCUUUAGACCCCCUGCUGGCUGGUCUGCUGUCAGUGUUCAUCGUCACCACUGCUAUCGUCUUCGUCAUCCUCUUCCUCAAGUUCCGCCAGCGAACAAAUCACCCAGAGUUCCAUCGGCUGCAGGAUCUACCCAUGGAUGAUUUGAUGGAGGACACGCCACUCUCCAGAUACACCUACUAAUGGAAGCCUCCUGUCACCCCCUUCCACUACUUAGAGAACAGAAGCAAAGCAGACACCAAAGGAAGACCAGUGUGGAUCUGAAGAAAAGCCUUUGCCUGGAUGCAGCUGCAUCUCUGCAGAUGAGUUUGGGGUCAGUGAUAACAAAUAUGUAUCUGCGGUUCCAUGAGACGGAUCCAUAAAGUCUCUUAAUUAGGAGGUUUCAGAACUACUUUUUUCCACAUUCCCGGAGACUUUCAGUCCAGUGGAAACUCUUUGAGUAAAUAGUGCCUCUGCACCACGGAUGUAUUAUAUUGAGCUGCACAAAAACACAACGAUUCUUAGUUUCAGGUGAUUAUACACUAAUGAAAACAUAAUAAUGAAUAUUACAUUUCCCCCCUAAAUUCGACACACUUCUCCUUUAAGUCGAGGAAAAUAACCCCCUGAUGAUGUCAUCAGGGGUUAUCUCAGUUUAGGCUUUAGAGUUCAGAUUUUUAACAGAAAGCAUAUGUUACAAACUGGGGGUGUAAAGUUUGAAACAAACGUUUACCAGGGCCACGUUCAGCCCGGACAAAAUAUAACAUCUUU